AAUGCGAGUUCAAAGAUGGCUAUAAGGACCCUUUUCGUGUUCAAGUUUGUCAUCAAUAAUCUCAGUUCCAUGAAAGCACUUAACACAAUGGUAUCUUGCAAAGAGUUAUCUGUUGCUUUAUUAUCUUUGCUUUGUGUUCAUCUUUUUUUAGUCAGUGUGCGUGCUAGAGAUGUGGAGACUAUAAAUAAGGAUAUUAAUGAAGAUGAGAAGACCUUCUCAGGCAUUGGAAAGGGUGGUGGAUUUGGUGGAGGAGGAGGUGGUGGCUUUGGUGGCGGAGCUGGUGGAGGUGGUGGCUUUGGUGGUGGCAGUGGUGGAGGGAUAGGAGGAGGUGCUGGUGGUGGAGCAGGAGGAGGCGGAGGAGUUGGUGGUGGGAUUGGUAAAGGUGGAGGUAUUGGAGGUGGUAUAGGCAAGGGUGGUGGCUUAGGUGGUGGAAUUGGAAAAGGAGGCGGAAUUGGCGGUGGGAUAGGCAAGGGUGGGGGAGUUGGUGGUGGCAUAGGCAAAGGUGGAGGAAUUGGAAAGGGGGGUGGGAUUGGCGGUGGAAUUGGAAAGGGUGGUGGUAUAGGCAAAGGUGGUGGCAUUGGUGGUGGAAUUGGAAAAGGUGGUGGUGUUGGUGGUGGGAUUGGAAAAGGUGGUGGCAUUGGUGGUGGGAUUGGGAAAGGCGGAGGAGUAGGUGGUGGAAUUGGUAAGGGUGGUGGUGUUGGUGGAGGUAUUGGAAAAGGUGGUGGAUUAGGAGGUGGUAGUGGAGGAGGAGUUGGUGGCGGUGGUGGAGCUGGUGGAGGCAUUGGAAAAGGUGGUGGAUUAGGAGGUGGUAGUGGAGGAGGAAUUGGUGGUGGUGGUGGAGCUGGUGGUGGAACCGGUGGAGGCAUUGGAAAAGGUGGUGGUGGUGGUGGUGGUGGAGCUGUGGUGGAACCGUGGGGUGGAGGCAUUGGAAAAGGUGGUGGAUUUGGAGGUGGUAGUGGAGGAGGAGUUGGUGGUGGAGCCGGUGGAGGCAUUGGGAAAGGUGGUGGAUUAGGAGGAGGAAUUGGUGGCGGUGGUGGGGCUGGUGGAGGCAUUGGAAAAGGUGGCGGAUUAGGAGGUGGUAGUGGAGGAGGAAUUGGUGGCGGUGGUGGAACCGGUGGAGGCAUUGGAAAAGGUGGUGGGUUUGGAGGUGGUUUUGGUGGUGGAUUUGGCAAAGGUGGGGGAGUUGGAGGAGGUGUAGGAGGCGGCUCUGGGGGUGGGAUUGGAGGAGGAGGAGGAGGAGGAGGAGGAGGUUUUGGAGGUGGUGGAAUUGGACAUCACGAAUGAGUAAAUUUCAACGUUGCAUGCAUGCAAUAGCAGACUUACAGUAUUUAUAGACCACGAGAACAUUAGUAUCAUAUAGUAUGCAGCUCUUUGUACUUGUACGUGAAUUAUCCUCUCAGUAAUAAUCUUUUAUUAGCUACUUGAAUCCCUAAUUACAGUUUUCUUUUA